AUGCACAAGUUGUGUUUGUACGAUGAGGAAUUGUCAGCCACUGAGGCUUUAGCAGAAGCCAUCACAACGUUCAACCACCGGGAGAUUCUUCGGGGCUAUUCGCCAGCUCAACACAUUUUGGGUCAGGCCUCAGACGAGACAGGUCGUUUUAUCACCGCCACCCAGACGGUGCCCCCGGGACUUCUGUGCGAGAACGCCACCGACGAGUUUGAGCGAGCAGUGAAACUGAGGACUGAGGCAGAGAAGGCCCUCUGCGAGUGGAAUUCCAGUCAGAGGCUUUUGAGGGCCAUGCACUCCCGACACAGGCCAUGUUACGACUACGAGCCGGGAGAAUUGGUCUUCUACUGGCGUUCCCAGGAUGCCACCAAGGGAAGAAGACAACCGGGAGGCAAGCACGGACGAUUCUUGGGCCCCGCACGUAUCCUGGCAGUGGAGUCGCGCAAGGAGUCUGACGGCUCCUUACGGCCAGGCGGCGCCGUCUGGCUAGUCAAGGGCAGGAGUCUUUUAAAGUGUAGUCCGGAGCAACUUCGACGAGCGUCCACGAGGGAAGAAGUCGUCGAGGCCCUCUCCGAGCCGCACCAGCAGCAGACUCCUUGGACUUUUCAGACGGUGGCGCAGCAAAUCGGCGGGAACCGCUUUGAGGAUAUCACGGAACAGCCAGAUGCCACCGAGUGGAAUAGAGCGCAACACCCAGAGGAAGA